UGUACUGAAAAUAUGAAUGUCUCAGGUUCAGAUCGGCGAUUCUCCAGUGUACAGGAUAGAGAGAAAAAUGGGAGAGGGAUUUUUACAGCAAGUUUAUGUUGGGCGAGCCAUCAGUCCAACUUCAAAUCAUCAAGCUGGUGUGGAAGCAACAGAGGUAGCCAUAAAAUUCGAGCAUAAAGACUACAAAGGAGAUGAAGGUGGCAUCCUUAAUGAGUGGAAAGUUUAUGAAGAUCUGGGUAAAAGCCAUGGCAUACCACUGCCACAAAUACAUUACAAGGGGCAACGAGGUGACUAUUAUGUCACGGUCAUGGAUUUGCUUGGACCGAGUUUACUAGACUCUUUGGUCAUCAACUGGCGAAACCUUCCAUUGGAAGCAAUUGCAUGUAUUGCCGUUGAAGCAAUCUCCAUACUUCAGAAGCUGCACUCUAGAGGGUACAUCCAUGGUGACAUAAAACCAGAUAACUUUUUGCUUGGCUCUCCAGGAACUCCUGAAGAGAAGAAAUUGUUUCUGACUGGCCUUGGAUCUGCUACGAGAUGGCGAGAUCGCUCCACUAGUUCCCACAUUAAGUACAACCAAACUCCAGAUGAAUUCAGAGGAACAAUUCCAUUUGCAAGUGUGCACACUCAACUUGGUAGAACAAGUAGCAGAAGGAACGACCUAGAGUCUCUGGUUUACGUGCUCGUUUAUCUUAUCCGGGGUCAUUUGCCUUGGCAAAGACAUGAGGGAGAGGAUAAAGCUUCCCUUGUUUGCAAGGAAAAGAUGGCCACUCCUCCAUACACCCUGUGUGGCACUUGUCCUGAGCCUUACCUGCAGUUCGCCACAUUUGUGCUUAAUCUGAAAUUCAAUGAACUACCACAUUAUGCUAGAUACAUUUCCCUCUUCCAUGAGAUCAUUGGUAACAAUCCAUAUGUUUGGCCCGUGCACACCGGUGUCUCUCAGGAGGUAGCGUAUCAGGUACAACGCAAGCGAGUGAGGUUAAAUGAUGACGAAGACCCAUCAAAAUUACGAAUGGGGUUGAAACUAACACAAUGGAUAAGCGUUUAUGAUAUGUAUCCUCCAACCAUGAGGCAAAGAUACUUCUCUAAUUUGGAUUAUGCCGACCUCCUCUUACACAUUGAGAAGGGACAUGAGGAGGGAAUGUACAUCACCAGUGUGGCUUACAGUUCUCGCUCUAAGUCAUGGGCCGUAGUAAUGGAUAAUAGCAUCGGCUACACUGCUCAGAUUUAUACUUUUUCAUGCGGCUCUCUUCCCAAGGAAUGGAUUGGGAAAAAAUGGUCGCAGGACUUCUACAUCACUGCAGUGGCUGGAGCAGAUGACAGCAGAUUUUUAGUUAUAAUGUCCAAGGGGCUCCAGAGUGUUCGGCAGGCUUACAUUGUUGCUAGUCCGUUUCCUUUCGAUUGGAUCAAGAAGAAGUGGGCAGAAGGUCUUCGUGUCACUUCCAUGGCCACUUACUGGAGGAAUUGGGCAGUAGUUGUGUCCAAAGGAACCGGAUUUACUGACCAGGCCGUAGAGCUGGACUUACAGUAUCCGGCCGAAGGCAUUCGUGAAAGGUGGAAGCAGGGCUAUUACAUCACUUCGGUCGCGGCCACUUCAGAUGAGGUUGCUUUUAUCUUUAGCAAGAUAGGAGGAGGACCAGCAACUGCAAGUGUAAAGCAAGAGACGCUUCUGACUUUCGAUUUUCCUGGUGAUAGUAAGAUCGAGGAGGAGAGGGCAAGGGAUUCCUAUAUUUCUUCUCUUUGCUAUGGUCGAACCAUUGCUUAAGCUACCAAAUGUAUGUACCGAUAAAGGAUGUCUCAGCGAGGGACACGACCGCUCUGCAUGCGUGUUUUUCCAUCUAUUGCCCAUUUCAUAGGACGCAAGUUCAACAAGUCGUUGAUCAAUCCUGUACAGAGUCGAAUAAUAGCCACUUCCUCUAAUACGAUAUGGAAUUAAUUGUAGCCUCU